AUGCCUCUUUUCAAAAAUUGCGUUACUUGUGACAAAGGAAUCAAUUUUGAUAAAGAUGAACUAUGUAUCUGCGAUAGAUGUUGUCUAGUAUACCAUUCUCAAUGCUCUGGAUUAUCGCGAGAAGAUAUCAAGCUGUUAGCAAGCGGUGCAAAGCAAAGACCGGCUUUUCACUGUAAUAAGUGUAUCUCUGAAAGAUCACAGAUAUCGGAACUACUUCAAACAAUAUCUGAUCUUCAAGCGGAAUUGCGCCAAUUAAAGCAGGAGAAAGAAGACAAAACAUAUUUUAUUGAAGACGUUGUUAAUGAAAUCAACGAUCGGAGACGCAGGGAAAAGAAUAUCAUCAUCUACAAACUUGAAGAAUCUACAAAUGACGGUUCAAGGGUUAAGGAAAUAAUCAAGAAAGUUGCUCCUAGCAUUUGUGUUGACGAUAUCGGUAUCACUAGAUUGGGUAAAUCCGGGCCAAACAGACCGGCCCCUAUAAAAGUUGUUUUGCAUAGCAAAGAUGAUGUGGUGGCCGUGUUAAGAAACAAAAGAAAUUUAAAAACCAUGGAUAUUGAUGUCGUAAUUACUACAGAUAACACAAAACUUCAACAAGAAUAUUUUAUGAAAGUACGUGCUGAACUUGAGCAGAGGAAAACGAAUGGAGAGCGAAAUCUAUCGAUAAGGAAAAAUUUUUUAAGCUUAAAGGAUUACAUAUUAGCAAACGAUGUGGAUUUUGUUGGAAUUUCCGAAACCUUUCUGGAUGCUAGUUACACUGACAAUUACGUAAGUUUAAAUAAUUAUAAUUUAAUUAGAUCUGACCGGUUAACUUUUGGUGGUGGAGUUGCCAUUUACUUAAAAGCGUGUUUUAAUUUCAAAAAAAUAGAAUUCGAUGUGAAGUAUACAUCUAUCGAACAUUCAUGGCUGAUGGUUAAUAUCGAUAAAUUAAAAGUAGCGUUUGGAGUUGUUUACGUACCACCAAGUGCGAACAUUGAAUUUUUUAAUGAUCUUUCUGACAUUAUCGAGCAGGUGUACCUUAAAUCACAUUUAAUUGUUUUAACGGGUGAUCUAAAUGUCAAUCUUUUGUGCGAAGAUUCCAGUGAGAGUAGACGCUUACUUACGUUGCUAUCAAAUUUCGAACUUAUACAAUUAAUUAAGGAGCCGACGAGAAUCACUCCAAAGUCAGCGACAUUGUUGGAUGUUAUUUGCGUGAGCAAUAGUUUAAACAUCAAUUCCUGCGGAACGAAUCUUAAGAAUCUGAAUAUUAAUUCUUUUACUUAUGAUGCUGAGCGCGUUAAUUGGCAAGAAAUAAAUCAGUGUGAGAAUAUUAAUACUAGAGUGCAUAUGCUAAAUGAAUGUAUACUGGAACUGUUCGAUAUACAUGCCCCUUUUGUCAAAAUUAAACCGAGGAAGAAAUAUAAUCCCUAUAUCACGGAUACCAUCAAAGAAAUGAUUCGACUGAGAGAGAAGGCACAUAAGAAUUUUUUUAAAAACCGAACAGAAUUCAUAUUGCAUUCUAAUAAAAGUAAUGCGAAUAGACAAUGGUAUCAUCUACAAAAACUGGGUGUACGCACCAAAAGGAGCACUAGAGUCGAGCUGCCUGCCCAACUACAGAAUCCUACGGCUAUCAACGAGUAUUUUUUAAAUUUUGCUGAAAAUUCGACAAUUGACCCGAAUGUGAUACGGUUCUUCAACGGUACAAUGAGGUGUGAAAACACUACGUUUACUUUUAAUGAAAUCACUGAACAUGAUAUUUACACUGCUCUUAAAAAUAGUUCAUCGAAAGCUUACGGACCCGAUCAUAUAAACUUAACAAUGUUAGUAUUGAUAAUCCCACAUUGUUUAGAUGUUGUUUUAAAACUGUUUAACGACUGCCUGCGUAAUGGAAUCUGUCCAGAAAUUUGGAAGACGGCUGAUAUUAUCCCCUUAGUAAAAGUUACCAAUCCCUCGACUUACAACGACCUUCGCCCCAUAUCUUUAUUAUCUCCAUUUGCAAAAGUAUUCGAAAAAAUUAUUGCUUCUCAAAUUACGAGGUAUUUUGAAAAUUCCCACAUUACACCCGUUUACCAAUCAGCGUACAGGAAAAAAUACAGUAGCAACACAGCUCUUAUGAAGGUUAUAAAUGACAUAUCUCACAGUUAUGAUAAAUCCCUGUGCACCAUCUUGAUAUUGCUAGAUCAGAGUAAGGCCUUCGACUUAGUAAAUCACGAGCUGCUCAUCGCCAAACUGAAGCACCUAGGUUUUGAUGACAAUAGUGUAAGCUGGUUCACAGCAUAUCUUAAUUGCCGAUCUCAAAGAGUCAGAAUCUCUCAUAGGUCGUCAAGUUUCGCGAGAAUCAAGAGAGGUGUUCCUCAAGGGAGUGUUUUGGGCCCCUUACUUUUUUCGGCAUUCACCUUCGACUUACCUACAAGUCUUCAUCAACUUCGAUACCAUCUGUAUGCGGACGAUUUACAACUUUACAUAGAGUGUAGUACAUCAAAUAUUGAAGAAACCAUCGAUGUUGUAAACUCUGAUCUUCUUGGUGUACAGACGUGGUGCCAAAACAAUGGUUUGCGAUUGAACCCUGCCAAAUCCACUGCUAUUUGUGUGGGUCCUCGACUUCACUCGGAGUUGGUGUCUAGUUUUCAGUUACGUCUAAUGAGCGAAAGCAUACCAUGGUCUACCACGGUAAAAACUUAG